GCGGCCGGGGCCGGGGCCGGGGCCGCUGCGGGCCAUGGCGGGGGGCGGCGGGGGGACGGCCGGCCGCGCCCGGCUGCUGGCCGUGCUGCUGGCCGGGCUGCUCGGCGGGGCGCGGGGCUUCGGCGACGAGGAGGAGCGGCGCUGCGACGCCAUCCGCAUCGCCAUGUGCCAGAACCUGGGCUACAAUGUCACCAAGAUGCCCAACCUGGUGGGGCACGAGCUACAGGCGGACGCGGAGCUGCAGCUCACCACCUUCACCCCCCUCAUCCAGUACGGCUGCUCCAGCCAGCUCCAGUUCUUCCUGUGUUCAGUUUAUGUGCCGAUGUGCACAGAGAAGAUUAACAUCCCCAUAGGUCCCUGUGGAGGCAUGUGCCUCUCUGUCAAAAGAAGAUGUGAACCUGUUUUAAAAGAAUUUGGGUUUUUCUGGCCAGAUGCCCUAAACUGCAGCAAAUUCCCGCCCCAGAAUGAUCACAACCACAUGUGCAUGGAGGGCCCAGGAGACGAAGAGGUUCCCCUCCACAGCAAGACCUCCUUGCAGCCUGGAGAAGAGUGCCACGGCAUGGGAUCUAACUCAGAACAGUACAUUUGGGUGAAGAGAAGCUUGAGCUGCGUCCUGAAGUGUGGCUACGAUGCUGGUCUAUACAGCAGGUCAGCUAAGGAAUUCACAGAUAUCUGGAUGGCCAUAUGGGCCAGUCUUUGCUUCAUCUCGACUGCCUUCACAGUCCUGACCUUCCUGAUUGAUUCAUCCAGAUUUUCCUACCCGGAGCGGCCAAUCAUAUUUUUGAGCAUGUGCUACAAUAUUUAUAGCAUUGCUUAUAUUGUGAGGCUAACUGUGGGCCGGGAAAGGAUAUCCUGUGAUUUUGAAGAGGCAGCAGAACCUGUUCUUAUCCAAGAAGGUCUUAAGAACACAGGAUGUGCGAUAAUUUUCUUGCUGAUGUACUUUUUCGGGAUGGCUAGCUCCAUCUGGUGGGUUAUUCUGACACUGACGUGGUUUCUGGCUGCGGGACUCAAGUGGGGCCACGAAGCAAUCGAAAUGCACAGCUCCUAUUUCCACAUCGCAGCCUGGGCCAUCCCGGCGGUGAAGACCAUCGUCAUUUUGAUUAUGAGACUCGUAGAUGCAGACGAGCUCACCGGCCUCUGCUAUGUUGGGAACCAGAACCUGGAUGCACUGACAGGCUUUGUUGUGGCUCCGCUUUUCACCUACCUGGUCAUCGGGACUUUAUUCAUUGCAGCGGGACUCGUGGCCUUAUUUAAAAUCAGGUCUAAUCUCCAGAAAGAUGGAACUAAAACUGACAAACUGGAAAGACUGAUGGUCAAAAUUGGGGUCUUUUCAGUGUUGUACACCGUCCCAGCAACGUGUGUCAUCGCCUGUUAUUUCUACGAAAUCUCCAACUGGGCCAUUUUCCGCUAUUCAGCAGAUGAUUCCAAUAUGGCAGUGGAGAUGCUCAAAAUUUUCAUGUCCCUUCUGGUGGGUAUUACAUCAGGUAUGUGGAUCUGGUCAGCCAAAACUCUGCACACAUGGCAGAAGUGCUCCAACAGACUGGUGAACUCAGGGAAAGUGAAACGGGAGAAGAGAGCGGACGGUUGGGUGAAACCCGGGAAAGGGAACGAGACCGUGGUAUGAGAAAAGGACAACAUCCCGCUGCUCUGACUGCUCUCCUGUGCAGGACUGAUCAUGUGCAAGCAUUGCUGUGUAAAUGUUGGAAGUAGAGUAGGGGGAUGGUUACACAACCUGUCUCUGGGGAUGGGAGAAAAAAAAAGCCUUAAAGAAUAAACAGCAAGAGGAUCAUGCUGCAGAUACAAUAGCCAUAAACCAUGCUGCCCAAAAUAGGAGAGCCCAGGGAGGCUUUAAAAGCUGUGAAAUAGCCAAACAUGCUAACUUCCUUUUUUAACUCUUGAACUCUUUAGAAAUGGAGGUGCUGUAGCCCAUAGCUGUGAGAUGAUGUUUUCCUUUCAUCGUCUUACAGCUGAUGGAGGACAGGCAGUCCAGGGCCAAAUUCUGGGCUUAAUUAGGGUCCAGAUACAAGCUACCAGAAGAUGGAGCAGGACAUCAGUCCAAUGUCUUCUUUGUGAGUUCAGCAUUGAGAAGGAAGUGCUUGGUGAGGAUUCUGUCUUUAUGCCCUGGGGAAUUCCGGUGUUCCAAUACACUGUACAAUUCAGUCAAGGAUCAUGUCCUGAAACAAAUAGUAAGUAAAUGGACUUUCCAGGUCUUACCCGUGAUGAGCAGAAUUUAGUGAGGUAUUAGUGAGAAUGACUUUUCAGUCAUGUAAUGGCCUAAUAAUAAUUUUGACUCAUUCUUUUUGCCAUUUAUAACCUGGUCUGAAUGGUGAGUUGAUUCUGCCUUGUGGGAAUUUGAACCUCCCUGUGUUUUUUCCCACCUCAGUUAUUCUGUGGUUCUAUCAAUAUUUAUAAAAUCUAAAAGCUUUACUCAAGGCCGUCCUCAGAAGUAGAGGAAUCAGCUCAAAGUGGGAAACUAUGUUUGGUCUUCUGCAUCUACUGCCAUUAUCCAUCUCCUCCAUUCCUGCCCUUUCAGGUGCUCCUGCUAUUUCUAGCAGACCACUUUAUUCUGCUGCAUUUAUUAGCUUUAAAAAAAGUCUUAACUCUACAGUGAUCCUUCCUUCAGGAAAGAGAAAAAUUAGUUGAAGGUACCUUCAGACCAUGCCAUGUUUCUCCAAGCAUACUUACGUGACUCUGGAGACUCAUUGCAUGAAGCAAUUAAGUCUUAAUGUAUUUCAUUCAGUGUGAUGGUAUCUCCUCUGUAGACGCCAGUCUGGGGAGAAGCAAAAUGUUAAGUUCCUUGGCAACCUCGCGUUCACACAGAUCAGUGGUAUAAUUAUGUGUGUCAGUUGCAAUUAAAAGAACAUUCUCAGCCCAUGACAUUACAGUGCAGAUGACUGCCUCACAACGAUGCUUCAAUUGCUCACUGACAGCUAUGGAGACGGAUUUUAGUGUAUAUUUACACACAGAAUGUGAGCAGGCAUUCAGUCCUCAGGAGCAACAAAGACCUUUCCAGUUUUUGUAAAGGGACCCAAGAAAUCCAACUUCUUGGUGAAUAGUGUUUGAAAGAAAUCAUUGCAUUUCUUAUUCUUUUAUUUGAGGAGGCACCGGCCUGUGCUUGUGGGGAGCUGAAUGUAGUGUCAGAGGGUUGUAAAAAAGGUGAUACAAAUACAAAUAUCCUAGAAGCACUUAAGAGAACACUGUUGUGAUGCUCUAUCCCUUUGAAACACAUUUGAUUUUAUCUAUGUGCCCCAAGAUUUUGCUUCCUUUGUCUGUGUGGAACCUGAUCAGCUGCAAAGCAUCCCCCUGGUGCCCCAGCUCCCAUGGUCUUCCAGGACAGCUGAGAACAGAUGCUGCUUUAUUAAAGUACUUGCUUUCCACACAGGUGCCCAUGUGCUUCCCAAACCACAGUUCACUCCAGCUCUGGAAGUGAGCGCUAAUCCAUCCCAGAAGCAUGUAUUGUUUCAAUGUCAGUGUCGAAACAUGUGCUAGAGAACUUUUUUUUCUUUUACAAACAAAAUCCAGACCCCAAACAAACCCUAAUGGCAGUCUUUGCGGUUGGGCUCCCCCUCCAGCAGAACAAGUGACAACUUGACACAUUCUGUUCAAGACACACAAGCACUGUCUUGGCCAACACCACAUUCCAGCUGGGCCUUUUCACCCUCUCCCUAAAGUCUCUCGCUGUUAGUGUUGUGUUUGGAUCUGGUUAUUCCUUUGUGGACGAGGAGUUUUGCAAGUGUGAGAUCUUCAGAUGGCUGAGCUUCUCCAUCAUGCAGUCUUUCUGCUGGCACAGUGAGGAAUGUAAAGUCAGCAGCUGUAUGUUGGCUUCCAAGGAGCAAGGAUGCAGUAUGACCCUUUUUUGUAACGUAGUAUUUGGCCGUGCCAAGGUGGCAUGUUCAUUCAAGGUGUGCUUCACUCUGAAAGGCUUUGGAUACUCCUGGACAGUAAGACUCAUGUUUGAGUAGACUGAUUCAAUAAAUGGCAUUUUUAACCUUGCUAUGUACACAGAAGUGAACGCUAAAUAGUGCCUUUUUAUGAAAUCCUUGCACUCUGCCUGUAACCCUGUGAACUGUUGACAGUGGAAUGCCCCUGGUGAUGUGAGACACAGUGAGCUGGAUCAGGUUGGCACUGUGUAGCUCUAGGAGGGACCUGGAGGGAUAUGCCAUUAAAGCAUGUGAGGGAUUCAAACACUGGGGGAAAGAGGUGGGCUGGGGGGAGGCACCAGCUGCCGUUCCUGAGGACACAUCUUUCCCCAGCCGCUGGGGGAAUGCUGUACUGCCCCAAAGUGAAAUUAGUGAUUGCAUCAAUCAAACCAUUCCAUUGAUGUGUUCACCCCCAUGCAUUUACCUGAGUCCAUGUCGGUGUAAAGUAGGAAGACCCAGCAGACAGCCUAAAACCUGGCGCUUGCCAAGAGCGGGUAUCAGCAGCUCCGAAGUUCUCUCAUUUCAGCAUUGUUGCGAGCUUAAAGCCAUAAGGGGUGUGACUAAUCCUGUCUCGGAAGUGCAGUUGCUGUGGUUAUACAAGCACAAACGUUCGGGCGUUUCCUUCCACUGCUCAGCCCCUGCUCCCAUCUCCCCCCUCAGCCUGUGCUCUUGGCACUGCAGGGUUCAGAAGCGUCUGCCAGAGAGGUACAAGCUUAGCUCUUACAUUAAACAGACAAGUUAGCUCCUUUCUCUGAAUUUUAAGGAAAUAGACACUGAUUAUUUUGGGGUGUACAGAAAAUAUAUCUACUUCAAUGUAUGUACUGUAAAUUUCUAAUUUAUCUCUGUAAAAAAACCAAAACAACUUUGCUAUUUAAUUUUUAUAUCAAAAUAAAAUUUUAACCUCUGUGGAUAACGAAAGAA